GUUGUCAAACACUCUCAUCAGUUUUCAGUUUGUAAGGGAGGUCUUCAGCACAACGUCUUGUGCCUUCGUGCAAGCCGAAGCUCCCUGCGACUUCCCUCCAGCAUCGCCCUUUAAGCCAUCCGUUUACCGGGCUGAGGGUGCUACAUUAGCUCAACCCCAGAAUCCCCUCGCAAAUUCACUGUGAAGCAAGGCUUUGCCAAACUACGGACUGCGACGUUGGGUGCUUGCUCUCGUUUUUGAAAUAAUAAAGACCAUAAUGAUCAUGUCAAGUACUAUAAACCUAUCUGGGCGACGUCAGGCAACGUCAGUUCGGCAGCCUGGCCAUUCGGCGUUGUCAUGCGCUGCAAUGCCUCGCUUUGUCGGCGAGCGCCUGCGCAGCCGCGAGGCGCCGACGGCUGCUCGGCGCCGGACAGUUACAUGCGCGGCGCAUAAGGGCGCGGCUGCCGCGGCCGUGGCGGCCACGGCCACGGCAACCGUUUCCGCGCCCCCGCCGGGACCUCCGGGACGAGCGCCUCCAACACAGGACCCCAGCGUCAUCCUGCACCUCCUCACUUCCCCCUUUAUCUCCAUGCUGGGUGGCGAGAGCAGCUGGCAGUACUACCUGUUUUCCCGCGUCACACACGAGGUGGUGGCUGUGGCGUUGCUGGCGGUGUUUGCGUACUGGCUGCUCACCAAGAUGGCGCACGGCAGUGCGCAGGCGAUGGAGAAGCACCGCGACACCGCGGGCUCCGCUGGCGGCGGCGAGUUUCUGCGACUAGCGGCUGACGCGCUGACGGGCGCGCAGGCCAAGCUGUUCUUCUCGGUGGUGCUGUUUGUGAACGUUGCCCGCAACUCGCUGUACAUCAUGGACGGCUUCAUCACCAAGUUCAACCCCAAGCUUCCCAACGACUGGCUGGACGACCUGAUCCGACUGGCGGUUGACUGCCUGGCGCCGCUGGACAACGUGCUGAUGAAGCUCAGCCUGAUUGGCACGGCGCUGUUCGGCUGUGCGGUGUGUCUGCGCUGGAAGGAUGUGCUGGUGGCGUACGGCGUCAAGACCUACCUGGAGCAGCUGGACAAGGGGCAGGAGCUGGUGCAGAACUUCAUCAACCCCGCGUCCAACCUACUGAACUGGGUCAUCAUCGUGCUGUCGGCGCUGUGGUUGGCGGUGGCACUGGGCUUCAACCUCAAGCCGCUGCUGGCGGUGGGUGGUGCCAGCGGCAUCAUCAUCGGUCUAGCCACGCAGCAGGUGCUGGGCAACUUUGUGAGCGGCCUCAACAUCUUCCUGUCGCGGCCAUUCGUGGCGGGCGAGUUUAUUAGUCUGGUCAGCCAGACCCUGUCAAGCCAGACCAACAUCAGCGGCCGGGUCAUACGUAUCGACCCCAUGCGCACACUCAUAGCCACUGAGGACGGCGCCACCGUCACCGUGCCCAACCAGAUCAUCGCAGUGAGCAUUGUGGUGAACCGCUCCCGCAGCCCGCACUGGACCGUCAGCACCGCCAGCCCGCUGCUGGCCAACACCCGCGAGCUGAGGUGGCGCAUGAAGCUGCCGCACGCCGCUCUGGAGCGCAUCGAGGAGCUUGAGGCGAAGAUCGACGCGGCUCUGAACGCGGCACUGCCUCAGGCCCAGGUCCGCUACAGCCCGCCCGACCUGCACCUGGUCAAGUUCAACGAGGGAGGCGCGGAGAUCGCUGCCAAGGUGAACCUGGUGUGGCGGCUUCGCGAAGGCGGUGCGACGAAGGAGCUGGUGGAGAAGCAGCAGACGCAGGAGAUGCUGGUGCAGACGGCGCUGCUGGCGCUGCAGAAGGUGGUCCGCAGCUGCGACGGAGCCUUCAUCACCGUGUAGGUGCACUGCGGUAGGCGCACUGCGUGUAGGCGCACUGCAUGUAGGCGCACUGCGUGUAGGCGCACUGCAUGUAGGCGCACUGCAUGUAGGCGCACUGCAUGUAGGCGCUGACACGACUGGUUGACAUCGAGUCGCUCAUCGUGUGCAUGAGCGGCGGCGGUGGAGCGAUACGCGGCGGCAGCGGCGGCGGGAGGCCGGGAAGGGGGCAUCGAGCCCAUACAAGGCAUGGGCUAGGCAACAGCCACCUUGGUUUGUCGGCAUCGCGAUUGCGCAUGAGCCAUUCAACGCGGCGUCAUGUCGCUGUGCUGACGUGGGGAGAGUUAUGUGGGGGCGUGGCGUGCUGCCUCGGUGACCACGGGUAAGGCUAUGUAGGCAUUCGUGUACUGACCACCGUCCAUUGUGGGCUGUGGAGUGAUUCAUGCAAGCGCACUCGGUACGCGCGAGGUGGUGUGCAGGCUAAGACAGCACGGGCGUGCGAGAGCCUGCGAGGGUCGUCGCGCUGAGCCAUGACGCAGGAGGGUUUGCAGCAAAGUCGGGGUUGGGCCCUGAUAGCAUGUGAUGGCUCGGCGUCUUCGGGAGCUGGGACUGUCCCCUCUGUAACAUCCGCAUCCAUGACGCAGGAAUUUUGUGGGAACGUGAUAUGCUAAUGUACAGUGACACUGGUAUAUUUAGGUGAUCGCCAUUCGCUUUAGUAUCGACCUGUACAGACUUUCCAGUGCUUGGCUUGUGUAUGUGGCAAGGCGGGGGGAAGGGUGAUGUGAGCGCGUUUGCGGGGUGCCGACGGAGCACCAGCGGAGUAGCAGGGCAGGUCAGCAUGAUGCGAAUUUCAUAGGCAGGAGCGCAGAGAGCACUGGACUGUGCAUAUGCCAGCAGACAGGCUGUCGGAAGGGCGUGCAGGGCAGCCGGCGCAGGCGGGCGGCAGGCAGAAGGGCCAGUAGAGUUGCGCAAGGUCACACGAUGUGAGCCCCCCCCCCCCGUCAUGAACCGGUGCCAGCUGUAAAGACGUCAUGUA